AUGAGCAACUGUCGCCCUAUCGCCACGCCCGCUGACACGAAACGCAAGCUUUCCGCUCAGGCCGGACCGCCCGUUUCCGACCCCUCUCUCUACCGCAGCCUCGCCGGCGCGUUGCAGUACCUCACCUUGACUCGCCCCGACAUCGCCUACGCAGUGCAGCAGCUGUGUCUCUUCAUGCAUGACCCACACGAGAGUCACUUCACCUACCUCAAAUGCGUCCUGCGCUAUGUCCGCGGCACUGCUCAUCUCGGUCUCCGACUCCGGCGAUCCCGCGACACCAACCUGGUCGCCUACUCCGACGCGGACUGGGUCAUGUACUAG